CCAAUAAUGAAACUGAAAGACGCUUCCACUUCAAGACGGAACAAGACAGAAUUCUAGAAAAUCUACAAGUGAUCAGAAUGACAGUAUGCCCCUCCUACCCAGAGAGCUCGGACAAUUUUGCUCUCCUGACAUCCAGCUGUGACAUCAUCUGGAUUUGAACUCAUGAGGAAAUGAGGAAGUAAACAAAAUUGUGGUCAGAGCAAAAGAGUCACAUCCUGAGAACCUGACUAAAGUUAAUCAUGAAAAGGCAAGUCUCAAGCCAACCAGCAGAACAAGCUGGAUUUACAAAGCGGCCCAAAGGAACCUCAGCAGAAUCAGCAGCAGAAAGACCAAACUCACCUGCUCCCAGCUGUGUGUCCAUGAAGAGUGAUAGGUCCAUGGAGUUACCGAAGGCAUUCAGCCGAGGAGAAAAGAGCAGUGCCAAAAGUGUUUUGAUCGAAAGACCACACUCACCGUCGCCUAGCUAUGUCUCUGUGGAGACUGACAAGUCAGUAGAACUCAACCAGGAUGAAGGGGAAACGCUUCUGCGUCUGCACCCGUCAGCCCCUGUAUCAGCGAGGUACACACUACAAGAGCCGAACGUCUGCCUGCAGCACCGUCUGCCUCGGGAAAUUUAUUGCAAGACAGAUGAGACCCUGAUCUGCAAACAGUGUGCAACUGAGGAACAUCGAGGACACAACAAGAGCUACACACAGGGAGUGAGGGCAGAAAGACCAAACUCACCUGCUCCCAGCUGUGUGUCCAUGAAGAGUGAUAGGUCCAUGGAGUUACCGAAGGCAUUCAGCCGAGGGGAAAAGAGCAGUGCCAAAAGUGUUUUGAUUGAAAGACCACACUCACCGUCGCCUAGCUAUGUCUCUGUGGAGACUGACAAGUCAGUAGAACUCAACCAGGAUGAAGGGGAAACGCUUCUGCGUCUGCACCCGUCAGCCCCUGUAUCAGCGAGGUACACACUACAAGAGCCGAACGUCUGCCUGCAGCACCGUCUGCCUCGGGAAAUUUAUUGCAAGACAGAUGAGACCCUGAUCUGCAAACAGUGUGCAACUGAGGAACAUCGAGGACACAACAAGAGCUACACACAGGGAGUGAGGGCAGAAAGACCAAACUCACCUGCUCCCAGCUGUGUGUCCAUGAAGAGUGAUAGGUCCAUGGAGUUACCGAAGGCAUUCAGCCGAGGAGAAAAGAGCAGUGCCAAAAGUGUUUUGAUCGAAAGACCACACUCACCGUCGCCUAGCUAUGUCUCUGUGGAGACUGACAAGUCAGUAGAACUCAACCAGGAUGAAGGGGAAACGCUUCUGCAUCUGCACCCGUCAGCCCCUGUAUCAGCGAGGUACACACUACAAGAGCCGAACGUCUGCCUGCAGCACCGUCUGCCUCGGGAAAUUUAUUGCAAGACAGAUGAGACCCUGAUCUGCAAACAGUGUGCAACUGAGGAACAUCGAGGACACAACAAGAGCUACACACAGGGAGUGAGGGCAGAAAGACCAAACUCACCUGCUCCCAGCUGUGUGUCCAUGAAGAGUGAUAGGUCCAUGGAGUUACCGAAGGCAUUCAGCCGAGGGGAAAAGAGCAGUGCCAAAAGUGUUUUGAUCGAAAGACCACACUCACCGUUGCCUAGCUAUGUCUCUGUGGAGACUGACAAGUCAGUAGAACUCAACCAGGAUGAAGGGGAAACGCUUCUGCGUCUGCACCCGUCAGCCCCUGUAUCAGCGAGGUACACACUACAAGAGCCGAACGUCUGCCUGCAGCACCGUCUGCCUCGGGAAAUUUAUUGCAAGACAGAUGAGACCCUGAUCUGCAAACAGUGUGCAACUGAGGAACAUCGAGGACACAACAAGAGCUACACACAGGGAGUGAGGGCAGAAAGACCAAACUCACCUGCUCCCAGCUGUGUGUCCAUGAAGAGUGAUAGGUCCAUGGAGUUACCGAAGGCAUUCAGCCGAGGGGAAAAGAGCAGUGCCAAAAGUGUUUUGAUCAAAAGACCACACUCACCGUCGCCUAGCUAUGUCUCUGUGGAGACUGACAAGUCAGUAGAACUCAACCAGGAUGAAGGGGAAACGCUUCUGCGUCUGCACCCGUCAGCCCCUGUAUCAGCGAGGUACACACUACAAGAGCCGAACGUCUGCCUGCAGCACCGUCUGCCUCGGGAAAUUUAUUGCAAGACAGAUGAGACCCUGAUCUGCAAACAGUGUGCAACUGAGGAACAUCGAGGACACAACAAGAGCUACACACAGGGAGUGAGGGCCCUGCUGGAGCUCGACACCUUGUCUUUACUUGAGGAAACACUGAACAACGUAGACACAAACAGGUUCAUGUGGCAUCUGUGCCAAAAUUACCCAGAAUGCUUUGACACUCCUGAGGUGACUUGUGAUAUCCAGGAAGCAUCUAAGCUCAUUCUGGAGCGAUUUGGCUCAGAUGCAGCUCCAAAGAUCGCUCUGAAGGUCUUGUUGGAGUUAGGAAAAAGUCAAAAGACCUUCCAAGAUCGUCUAAAAUCCAAACUCCAGGCUCAUCUUCGAUCGAAAUUCCAGUGUAUACAUGAAGGAAAUGCUCAGCAGGGGAAUCCGAUUCUUCUCAACGAUAUCUUCACGGAGCUUCUCAUUAUAGAAGGAGGGGAUGGAGCUAUCAAUAAAGAACACGAGAUCAGACAGAUCGAGGAUGCGUGCAAGAACAAGGGAAUGGAAGCGACGGUGAUCAAAUGCAGCGAUAUCUUUCAGCCUUUACCCGGACAGAACAAACGCAUUCGGACCGUGCUAACCAAGGGCAUCGCUGGGAUCGGGAAAACCGUAUCUGUGCACAAAUUCAUCUUGGACUGGGCAGAAGGAAAAGCGAAUCAGGAUAUCCGUUACAUCUUCCCGCUUCCUUUCCGUGACCUGAAUUUGAAAGGAAACGACAAAUAUAGUGUGAUGCAGCUUAUUCAUCAGUACUUUCCAGAACUUAAAGAACUCAAAACUAUAAGGAGCGAGGAAGUGAAAACCGUGUUCAUCUUUGACGGCCUGGACGAGUGCCGACUUCCCCUGAAUUUCAGGAACAAUGAAAUGUGCUGUGACCUGACAAAGAAAAUCUCAGUGGAUGUCCUGUUAACAAACCUUAUUCAGGGAAACCUACUUCCCUCUGCUCUUCUCUGGGUAACCUCCCGACCAGCAGCGGCCAAUCAGAUCCCUCCUGAGUGUGUUGACCAAGUUACCGAGGUCCGAGGGUUUGACGACGCGGAGAAAGAGCAGUACUUCCGAAAGAGGUUCAGUGAUCGAGGCCUUGCUGACAAAAUCGUUGCACACAUAAAGUCUUCAAGGAGCCUCCACAUUAUGUGCCAUAUCCCCGUCUUCUGCUGGAUAUCUGCUACGGUUCUGGAGAAGAUGCUGGGUGAAUCAGACACGGAAGUACCUAAAACUCUGACCCAGAUGUACACCCACUUUCUUCUCAUUCAGACACAUUUGAAAAACAAAAAAUACCACAGAGUGAUUCAGGACAACAUGGACCUGCUCGAAUCUGACAAGGAGAUGAUCUUCAAACUGGCCAAGCUAGCGUUUCUGCAGUUAGAGAAAGGAAAUCUGAUUUUCUAUGAAAAUGAUUUGAUCGAAUGUGACAUCGAUGUUAGCAAAGCAACCGAGUACUCUGCAAUUUGCACAGAAAUUUUCAAAGAAGAGUUUGGAUUGUACCGAGAGAAGGUCUUCUGCUUUGUACACCUGAGCAUUCAGGAGCACUUAGCUGCCUUGUAUGUGCACCUUAAAUUUACAGACAGCCACAUAAACAUACUCCAAGAAGAUGCUGAGAAUCAGAGCAAAACGGUGAAGAUGUCAGAUUUGCACAAGAUUGCUGUGGACAGAGCGUUGAAAAGUGAGAACGGACACUUUGACCUUUUUCUGCGCUUCCUUCUCGGUCUCUCACUCGAGUCCAAUCAGGCGCUUUUGAGAGGCCUGCUGCCAAAACCGUGUUUGGAAAGUUUGGAAGACACGGUGGAGUACAUCAAGGAGAAGAUCAGAAAGGAGUCGUCAGCAGAAAGGACGAUCAACCUGUUCCACUGUCUGAAUGAACUGAAUUACAACUCGUUGGUGGAAGAAAUUCAUAGUUUCCUGAAAUCAGGCAAGCAGUCAGAGACGGCGCUGAAACCUGACCAGUGCUCAGCUUUGGCCUAUGUGCUGCUCACGUCAGAUGAUGUGAUGAAUGAAUUUGACUUGAAGAUGUGUAACACGUCUCCUGAGGGAUAUCGGAGACUGUUACCCGUUGUCAAGACCUCGAGAAGAGCCAGUCUCGCUGGUAUCAACCUCACAGAUGAAUCCUGUGAGACCCUGGCUUCGAUUCUCCAGUCUGCUAACUCGCACCUGGUCGAACUGGACCUCAGCUUUAACAGUUUGGGAGAUUUAGGAGUGAAACUUCUCUGUAGCGGUCUCUCAAAUCCACACAGCAAACUGGAGAAACUGACUCUCAGUCACAACGAGUUCGAACAUAUCGGAGUCAAGCUGCUGUGUGAUUGUCUGAUGAGUCCACACUGUAAACUGCAGACACUUGGGUUGGCUGGUACAAACUUCUCAGAACCAUCUUGCGAAUUAAUGGCUUCUGUUUUCCAAUCUGCUAACUCGCACCUGAAAGAGCUCGACCUCGGUUCCAACAACAUAAAAGACUCCGGAGUGAAGCUUCUCUCUGCUGGACUGAUUAGUUUGCACUGUAAACUUGAGAAACUCAGUUUGGACAGAUGUGAUCUCACCCAUGUAUCAUGUGAAGCCUUGAAAACUGCUCUCCAGUCACCCUACUCAUGGUUGAAACAGCUGGAUCUUAGCUACAACAAGCUUGGAGACUCUGGAGUGCAACAGCUCUGUGAUGGACUAACACACCCAAACUGUAAACUGGAAUUACUGGAUCUGAGCUACAAUAACCUCGGCAAUUCCGGAGUAAAAAUUCUCUCUUCUGGACUGAUGAAUCCAGACUGUAAACUCAAGAGUAUCAGGCUUGCUGAUGUCGGCAUCCCAGGAGAGACAUGUGAAAUUCUGGCCUCGGCUCUCCAGUCAGAAAAUCCAUACCUCAGAGAGCUCGAUCUCAGCAACAAUUACAUUGGAGAUUCAGGAGUAGAACUGCUCUGUGCUGGAUUAAUCAGCCCAAACUGCUUCCUCAAAAAACUCAGUCUGCGAUGGUGUAAUCUCACAGAGAGGUCUUGUUCAAACCUGGCCUCAGUUCUGAGUUCCCACACGCAUUUGAGAGAACUGGAGCUGAGAGACAAUGAUGUGCACGAUUCAGGGCUGAAGCUGCUUUGCACUGGUCUUCAGGACCCACGAUGCUCACUGCAGAAACUGGGUCUUUCAGGGUGUUGUGUAACAGAGGAUGGAUGCUCCGCUCUAGCUUUAGCUUUAAGCUCAGAUCACUCGAAGCUCAAAGAUCUCGAUGUCAGCUACAAUCAUCCUGGAGAGUCAGGAGUGAGACAGCUGUCUGCUGUACGAGAUAAUCCACGCUGUAACCUGGAGAAGCUGAGUGUGGACCACAGUGGCGAGUGCAGGAUCAAACCAGGACUAAAGAAAUACGCCUGUGAGAUCACCCUCGACCCAAACACGGCACACAGAACACUUUCUCUGAGUGGGAACAAAAAGGUGACGAUGACUAAAGGUGAGCAGCCAUAUCCGGACCACCCCGAUCGGUUUGAGUACUACGCCGAGGUUUUGUGCAGACAGACCCUGAGUGAUGCUCGCUUCUACUGGGAAACUGAGUGGACUGGCAAUGUUGUUUACAUAGGGGUAACUUACAAAGGUAUCAACAGAAAAGGUCGUGGCAGAGACUGCAAACUGGGGAUGAAUAAUAAAUCCUGGAUUCUGUUUUGUUCCAAUGAUUAUGGUUAUUAUGUCAGUUACAAUAACAAGGAAACAGUAGUAUCUAUGCCACCGAAUCCCUCUAAAAGAAUGGGUAUCUAUUUAGACUGGCAGGCUGGUACACUCUCCUAUUUUAUCAUCUCAUCUGACAGGGUGUAUCACACGUACACAUUUCACACAACGUUCACUGAGCCCCUGUAUCCAGGCAUCCGGGUGUAUAACUAUGAUGACACGGUUACACUGUGUGAGCUCAAAUAAAAUAAGAGCAUUCAUUAAAAGGAAUUAACUGGAGAGAAUUUAGUCUGGCUUUAACCAGGAGUGGAGAGUAAUGAAGUAGAUUUACAUGAGUACUGUAAUUAAGGAAAUUUUUCAAGUGUCUGUACUUUACGUGAGGAAUUAUUUUGGAAACGUAUGACUUCACUACAUUUGAAAGACAAAUAUUGUACUGUUGACUUCACUACAUUUCUAUGAAGGUUACUGGCUACUUUGAAGCGUAGCUUUGGAAUCAGUGGAUGAAUUUUCUUUUCUAAAAUCUGAUAGAAAAGAACUUGGUGGUUGUAAUAAUGACUAUGGCAGAUAAAAAUGACGAAUCCUUACCAGAACACCCAGGGCCGUAUCUGAAGUCCAUGUUUUAGAUGUUUGAAAUGAAGAUUUAUAUUGUUUUAAAUGUUUGCUCUGUUUACCAUGCAUAAACUUCUUCACUGCCUCAAAAAAUUCCCUGUCCAACCUGAGAAAGCAUGUCGAGGAAGGGAAACAUUUGUUGGUUGGGUGAGGGGUGUUUAAAUAAGGACAAUGGUUGUCCUUUUGUUGAUUUCAGGUGUUUCUAUAGACCCUUUUCAGUCACGUGACCUUCGUAAACGCGACCGCCAUUUUGGACAUGUAGUGGACUUCGGCUCGAAUCAGUUUGAAUGCGAGGAAGGCGACAAACGAAAAACAUAAAAGAAAAAGGAGCGAGAUGCAGAAAACACCUUCACUAUCCAGCGACGUAGGGCAUUUACAGGGCGAGCAGAGGGAGAGGUAUUUGCAAAAAUUGAGGUUAGCAGGCUUAGAGAACGACGUUUACCUGCUUCCACCAGGAUUGUUCACUGACGUACGGAAGUACACGAAGCCCUCGUCUUUACCUGACUUCGGCCCACAUGAUCUGUAUACCUAUGUCAUUAAAAACCCAUCGCCAUACACAUACACGCCAACGUCCGAGGUUCCGGAGCGCAUUCUGGCUUGCUCCAGGAGUGCUCCAGCCGAGGUUACGGAGCGCGCUCCGGCUUGCUCCGGAGCAAGCCGGUGCGCACUGCUUAAUUUGAGGGCAACCUCGGCCGGAGCACUCCGGAGCAAGCCGGCGCGCGCUGCUUAAUUUGAGGGCGAGCAAGCCGGAGCGCGCUCCGGAACCUCGGACGUUGGCUCCGGCAGCUAUUUAUACUGGAUCCGGUGUAAAUAGCUGCCGGAUCAUAAUUACAGUAAACUAGUAAAUACAGUAAAGGAAAAACUUGAGACUGAAAGGUUUUAACAGUCAUCCAAAUGACUGAACGUAAACAUUGCUACAGUAACAUACUAGCUACUAUAUUGUUGACAUUAGCUAGUCAACAAUAGCUACUACAGGAGAACAAAGAGGUUACAAUGGGUUAUUUUAACCUAUUUGGUUACACACUCGCCGCCACAGAAUGUUAGCAGCAAUGUAAUGCCUUUUCUGGCUAAUUUUAUUCGUCUUACCUCCAACAAAGUGGUCACUACACAAGCGCUGGUAUGCCGAGGGCUGCCAAUCUGUUAAUGGCCGCUAUCCAUCUUCUCCGUCGGGAUCCGAUAAAAUGAUAACCCUUGCCUUGUUUGUUGAUGGUUACUACAUCCAGGUGCACAACAAUAUAGUGGCAUGAUGGAAGUCUUGCUGAAAGUAAAAACUUUCUUUGCUGCCAUUCCUCAAUGCUGGCUGUGGUAAACUACUGGUAGUACACGUCCAAAAUGGCGGCCGCGUUUGUUGUGACGUCACGUGAAAAGGGUCCAUAGGCUUUGUAGCAUAUUCUAUAAGCUUUUUAUUCUACAGGUUCUCCAAGCAAGUUGGUGCAUUCAGUAGGUUGUUUUCAGAGUCAUUAUGUUGUGGCAACAAUACUGUACAAUGCCUUGACAUUUGAAAGAAAACAUUAAAGAUUGAAAACAAAAAAUACUCUGAACAUCUUUCACUUGUACUGGAGUAAUAUUUGAUCAGUCAAAGUAAGACCUGGACUCGAGUAAUGGAGUUCUGUGCUUUUGUCCAUCUCUGCUUUUAACCACCAGUUAAAACCUCCUAUAAACCUUCACAUGAUUGAUCGAUCUUGAUGUGGACUGACUGUAGGCCAGUAAAUUAUUUUGCGAAAACUACUUGUAUGUUAUUAGCUCUGAACAAUCUUCUCAACAUACCUUUACUCAACAUGAUUUCACUUUUAGUUUUGAAAAUGUAAUAAUUAAUAAUGUCUCUAUGACCUGUUUAUUCAGAAUAUAAGGCUAUUUUGUUCAUUAUAUAACUAAUGUUCAUCCUGUGUGUACUUUAUUUGUGUCUAUGGAAUACAUUUUUGAUGCACUUUCAUCAGUU